AUGCACUUCCCCCAGAUCCUCCUCGGCUUCGCCGCCACCGUCUCCGCCAUCGACAUCUACCUCCACGUCGGAGGCGGUUGCGGCGGCAACGCCGUCCUCUGCGGCAACAUCAACCCCAACACCUGCUGCAGCGGCUCCGGCGUCGACAUCUUCCCCACCGUCGGCUUCCGUGGCAUUCCCUACGAGUGGAACCUCGAGACCAGAGGCCACUCGGGCGGCGGUUGCAACCAGCUGAGGGAGGUCCAGCCCGCCCGCAACACCAACUUCAUCUGCCUCUACUCCGGCGGCUUCUCCGGCGGCGGCUACGGCUUCGCCGGCCGCAAGCGCGACGAGUGCGCCAGCAGCGGCAGCUGCACCUCGUUCCAGAAGCCCGACACCCUCCUCCUCGAGGACGGCGGAAAGUGGAACAUUGCCGACUUGGAGGAUGCUCCUCUUAGACAAAUGGUAUGUGUUGAUCGAGUCCUCCUGAUAUUCUCUGAAGUUCAUGUUCUAACACACCCGAUAGUUAGCAAAGAAACCCUCACCUCCUUUCCCUUCGCCAAGUGA